CUAAUUAUAAAUGGCAGCGGUCACAACACUACAAGGAUAUGUUCUGUCCUGCCGCUAAACACAAGAAAAACUGGAAAAUAUUUUAGUUCUCCAAAGUGCAGGAGAAGAGUUUUGAACUGUGCAGGAAGGAGAUGUUCUGUGUUUGCGAUCUAUCAAGUAGAGGAACACACUCUAUUAGAACAAAAACUUUUACUAGCAGAAAAUGCAUAUUAAAGCGACCAAUUGAAGUAUCAUGUGCUCACAAUGGUCAACAAGAAAGAAGACAUGUGGUCAAAAUGUGUGGCAUCACAUCAGCCAGAGAUGCGGCUUGGGCAGCAGAAGCUGGUGCAGACUAUAUAGGCAUGAUUAUAUGGCCUAACUCAAAGCGUUCUGUUUCACUCACGGUAGCAAAGGAGAUUUCUAAAGUUGCUAGGGGAUAUGGAGCAAAGCCUGUUGGGGUGUUUGUAGAUGACAAUGCUCAUACCAUACUUAAAGCGUCUGAUGCAGCAGACCUUGAAUUGGUUCAGCUUCAUGGGAAUGGUUCACGAGUUGCUCUUCCAAUUCUGGUGAAGGAAAAGAAAGUAAUAUAUGUUCUUCACGUGAAUGGGGAUGGAGAACUUUUGAACUCGAUUUCUGAUGAAGAGUCAUCAUUGGUUGAUUGGGUUCUAGUUGAUAGUGCAGGAGGGGGCAGCGGUAAGGGAUUUAACUGGGCAGCAUUUAAGCUACCUCCUAUCAGAAAUAAAUGCGGAUGGCUUUUGGCCGGAGGGAUUUACCCGGGAAAUGUAUGUGAAGCUCUCUCUACUCUUAGCCCACAUGGAGUUGACGUCAGCAGCGGAAUUUGUGCUCCUGAUGGCAUUCAAAAGGAUAAGAUGCAGAUAACUUCUUUUAUGAAUGCAGUUAAUUCUCUUUCAAUUGUUGGUUGAUAUUAGUGCUAAUCUUGGAUAUAAAUUUUGUGGAUUAGAGUAUACAAAAUUUUCUAAACAGCUGCAUGUUAAAGAACUUCAUAGUUUGAGUCUAUGUUUGGAAAGUCGACAUUUUUUUGUCGACAAUUUUAAAGUUAAUAAUCCUCUCUAUUGGAAGGCUGAA